AUGCUGGUGAAGAAGCAUGCAGGGAAAGGAGGGGGCCGGGAGCUGGGCACCGAGGACCCGAGCCCCGCCGGGCAGCGCUGUGCCCGGACCGUGCCCGUGUGCACGGCCCUGGCGGCCCUCCUGUCAGUGGUGGCCGUGAUGUCUUGUCUGUACCUGGGGGUGAAAACCAACGACCUCCAGGCGAGGAUCGCCGCUCUGGAAUCAGCCAAAGGGGACCCUUCCAUCCGUCUGCUGCCUGAUUGCCUGGAUCAGCUCAAAGCAGUGGUGCAAGAGAAAGUGGAGCGACUUCUGGCCCAGAAAUCCUAUGAACAUAUGGCUAAAAUAAGAAUCGCAAGAGAAGCACCUUCCGAGUGCAACUGCCCAGCAGGCCCUCCGGGGAAACGAGGUAAGAGGGGCCGAAGAGGAGAAUCUGGUCCUCCUGGUCAGCCCGGUCCUCAGGGCCCACCUGGUCCAAAAGGUGAUAAGGGAGAACAAGGGGAUCAGGGACCUCGGGGUCUGCCAGGCUUCCCCACAGUUGCCGCUCUGCACAGUAAUCAGAUCCUCACCGUCAAGGGUGACCAAGGGCAGGCGGGGCCUCCAGGACCUCCAGGCCCUCCGGGCCCCAGAGGGCCUCCUGGGGACACAGGGAAAGACGGCCCCCGUGGAAUGCCAGGAGUGCCCGGUGAACCAGGGAAACCAGGAGAACAAGGCUUGAUGGGUCCUCUGGGGCCUCCAGGACAAAAGGGUCCUGUUGGAGCACCUGGCAUUCCAGGGAUGAAUGGGCAAAAGGGCGAGCCUGGGUUGCCUGGAGCGGUAGGACAGAACGGAAUACCAGGGCCAAAGGGAGAACCUGGAGAACGAGGAGAAAAGGGAGAUGCUGGAGAGAAUGGCCCCAAAGGUGACACAGGAGAAAAGGGUGACCCUGGAUCGUCUGCUGCAGGAAUUAAGGGAGAACCUGGAGAAUCUGGUCAUCCAGGGCAAAAGGGUGAACCAGGGCUUCCUGGGCUGCCUGGACUUCCGGGGAUAAAGGGAGAACCGGGUUUCAUUGGUCCUCAGGGGGAACCAGGCUUACCAGGGUUACCAGGAACAAAGGGUGAACGCGGGGAGGCAGGGCCUCCUGGAAGAGGCGAGCGAGGGGAGCCUGGAGCCCCUGGACCGAAGGGUGAUCGUGGAGACAAAGGGGACUCUGGAGACCUGGGACCAAGGGGUCCACCUGGUCAAAAGGGGGAUCAAGGAGCUACCGAGAUCAUAGACUACAAUGGCAACCUCCACGAAGCUUUGCAGGGUCCCCCUGGACCACCUGGACCUCAAGGAGUACAAGGGCCAAAGGGAGAGCCAGGAUCUCCAGGAAUCCCAGGAGCUGAUGGAGAGCAGGGACUCAAAGGCUCAAAGGGAGACAUGGGGGACCCAGGUAUGCCAGGUGAAAAAGGAGGAAUUGGACUUCCUGGAUUACCGGGUGCCAAUGGAAUCAAAGGAGAGAAAGGAGACUCCGGGCUGCCGGGUCCUCAGGGUCCUUCCAUCAUAGGCCCACCAGGCCCACCAGGUCCCCAUGGCCCACCAGGCCCCAUGGGACCCCAUGGACUUCCUGGACCAAAGGGUGAACCAGGGUUAAAUGGUGUUAAAGGAUUGAAGGGUGAACCAGGUCAAAAGGGUGACAGAGGACCCCUUGGUCUUCCAGGAGCAUCUGGCUUAGACGGAAAGCCAGGAUCCCGGGGUACAGAUGGCCCUAUGGGACCCCAUGGCCCUGCAGGUCCCAAAGGAGAAAGAGGUGAAAAAGGAGCUAUGGGAGAGCCUGGACCCAGAGGGCCCUACGGUCUUCCUGGGAAAGAUGGAGAGCCUGGUCUUGAUGGCUUCCCUGGUCCACGAGGCGAGAAGGGUGAUCUGGGAGAAAAGGGAGAAAAGGGGGAAAAGGGAAAGAAAGGCAAAAAGGGGCCUAAAGGGGAGAAAGGCGAGCAGGGGGCCCCUGGACUAGAUGCGCCUUGCCCGUUGGGGCCAGAUGGAUUACCCAUGCCUGGCUGUUGGCAAAAGUGAUGAAUCUAACCUUCUGAGCAUGAAGUUGUGUAUAUAAUGGUCCACUUUUUAUAUUUAUAGUUGAAAACCGAAUUGCAGAUUUUACAAGUCUGAGAUAUGUUUACAUAUAGCUGCUUCUUUCUGUUUGCAGUAGAACAUAUGUCCAUCUUUUCUUCACUUACAUCUGAAAUUGGGCAAUAUGUGACACCAGUGAGGAGCCUGCAAAAAAUAUAGAUCAGUGUCUCUUUAUCUUAUGUGAAGAGGUGUAUUGAUAAGGACGCAUCAGCGAUAGAGAAUGAUUGUUCUUGCUGUUUUCUUACUGUAGGCUUGUUAAUUGCAUGGACAAAAAGUGCCAUGAAGUAGUUUACAUGAAAUUGUGACCAAAUGCGGACUCAAAACCAUGAAAAUGUACUCGCUUGCCUGGCUGAUUUAGAGUCUGUCAUCACAUCCCUACUCACCUUCACUGUUAGCAUUGAUUGACACCCACACCACCCACUGAAACUGACUAAAAAGCAUGCCGUGUGCCAUACUGGCUCCUGGUUGUACACCUUGAGAUGCUAGCAUGCUGCUUGAUGAGUCCUUUGAUCACAUCUGAGCUUUUAUUUCUUUUGUCAUCUCAAGGGGGUGACACCAUGGCUGAUUGCCAAAAAGAGAUAAGGUGAUGGAGAGCACACACUCAAAUGGUCUUGUAUUUUGAGGGAGUUGCAGUCCCUGACUGCAGAUCUGCAGCUCCCAGUCUUGUGGCUCACGGGGCCACCUUGGUUGAAACAUCAAGGGGCUGAGCUGGUUGCCGCCGCCAGUUUUCCUUGGGCUGCCCUUGGCAGUGAAGAUAAAGGAAGAGGACCAGGUCAGCAUCCUGCGCUGUCUCUCGUGUGACCAAGUAGGAAAGAGAUUUAUGACUGCAGGCACCCAGAACAGCAGACUUGUUUUUUUUUUUUUUAAUAAACUGAAUUCUAGCAAGUGUUAAUAGGGGUGCUUUUGGAAAAUGACAGAGGCAUAUAGCACUUCUUUGGGUAGGAGAUUCUUGGAAUGGCAGCCUCUGUUGCUGAAGACAAAGGGUGUGUACAUCCCACCAAAGCUCAGGUCGCUGAAGAAGUAACAAGUCCCAAGGUGGGCUCGGCUGACAUAACGUCUCCUGAAGAUGGAGGAGAACUCACCCUGUGGUCUCUACCGGAGCUGGUGUGAGAGCUUCCCUGCCUUCCAACCCAUUUCAAACAUCUUCUACAAUGUUCUAGAAACAGAAGGAUAUUUUCCAUUCUUUUUAGUACUUUUCUUUUUUAGUCCCAGGAGUAUUAAGAAAAGAUUUGUUUCAGUUCUUGUCACAUUUGUUUUGAACAAUUUUUUUUAAAGAAAAGUCUUCAAAUCCUAAUAACUUGCUCCCAACAGUCAAGAUGGCCUUUUAUGAAUGCCUCUCUUGUUCCAAAUAAUGGAAGAGAAUGUAAAACAAACUCCACUUUCAGUUCAGUCAUUGUAAAGCAUCAAAGUGAAGCAAUUUUUUCAGUACUUUUUGACUUUUUUCAUAUGAUGAAUAUAGCAUACAUAGUGAUUAUCACUUAAGAUAAAAUCAAGAUUU